CUUCUGCACUAUAGGUUUUGGCCCUAUAUAACUUCCGCUGCACUACGUCACUUUAAUUCAAGACAUCCUUCUCUUGUGCUUCCAUCUUUGCCCUACCUUUCUCACGUACGCACAGCAACUCACGCACUCGAAAUGUCAGAAUUACUAAAGCCCUCUAUUGAGGCAAAGCAUAUAUCUAAUGAUACUAUUGUACCUGAUUAUGUGCAAAUAAAUAACAUCAUAUUUGCUACAUCAGAUGAUGUCAAAACCUCCUUAAAGGAAGCGCACAGAAAGACAGAAGUCUGGACACUGGCAGAACGACUCGGUAACAUUGAGAAAAUAUGUACCAUUCCGAAAUUAACCUCAUCAAACUGGAACUCCUACUUUGAAUCAAUAAAACGGCUAAUUUCUGUCACAGAAACAGCCUGCGUUUUCCUUCCUGUUACACAAUCUACUAAGGCAGUCAUAAUAUGGUCUGCGUGGUGGGCUGCUAAAUUAAAAUAA